CUAAAUAUAGUCAUGUGUGAUCUUGUUUGAUUUGUCUUAACAUAUAGAUUAUUAAUAUAUAAUUUCUAUAAUUUUUUAAUAUACAAAUUACAAGAUAAAAUGGAUUAAAGAAGUGCAUUGGAUGAAUGAAAGGUAAGUUCUAUCGAUCCGUAGUCAGACCUGCUAUGUUAUAUGGGGCAGAGUGUUGGGCGGUUAAGAAGACUCAUGUGCGUCGUCUGCAUGCGGCGGAGAUGCGGAUGUUACGAUGGAUGUGUGGGAAGACAAGGUUGGAUAGGAUUUCGAACGAAGUUAUCCGACGUCAAGUAGGUAUGGCACCGGUGGAAGACAAGUUGCGGGAAGCGAGGUUGAGAUGGCUUGGCCAUGUGAGACGGCGGGAUGCUGACGCCCCUGUACGGAGAUGCGAGAGGAUUACGGUUAUCGGGGGAAGUAGGAGAAGGGGUAGACCUAAGAAGAAUUGGGAGGAGGUGAUUAGACAUGAUUUAGGACUUCUCGACCUGACUGAGGAUAUGGCCCUAGAUAGGAACCUUUGGAGAACUAGGAUUAGAGUAGCUGGAUAGGAGCUCGGUGUUGUAGAGGUGGAGCCGAGGGUCUCUUGGAAACAGCCUCCAUACUUCCGAGUAGGGGCAAGGUCUGUGUACACACACCCUCCCCAGACCCUACUGUUGUGGGAUU